UAUUGCAUAUACAUAUAUAUAGUUGUCCGUGUGUAUAUAUGCAUAUUUCAUUUGUAUAUAUGUAUGUAGACAUAUAUACGAUUUGCAAUUGAUAAUAUAUACAGUAUGCACAUAUACAGUAGACGUAUAUAUAAUUUAAUGGUCAUAUAUAACGUACUAAUACGGUGUAUUUGUUUAUUGACUUCUUGUAUUUUAGAUUUUGAAUACAGAAAUGAAAAUCAAAAUUCAAACUGCCUUGGUUACUGAGUUAGGAAACGCAAAGGAGAUCGAUGCUGCAUAUGAAAUAAAAGCUCAUCAUGUUGAGCAGACUGAAGUGGAUGAAUGCACCGUUGAACGUGUAGAUGAUCACAUUUGUCAAAUGAAGUUACAGAUAGUUAAUUUUCAGACAGAUUUAAUCAUUCAAUCUCAUGAGAAUCAGGACUUGGUUGCAACUUCUAUUCAUAUAGUUGACCCUAUUGAUAUCGAGCAACACAAGUCUACUCAAUAUCUAACGGAAUCACAUGAUUUCAUUCCUAAUGAUUUGCUCCCAAGUUUAAACACCGAGAGACAGAUUAUAGCUAUAAUUCUGGUAUAGGAUUUCAUUCGUAUAAUUAUGGUAUAGGAAGGUAUUUUUGA